AACUACCAAAAGAUCUUUAAUUUCUUCUCUGACCUGACCCUGCCACGCUUUGCAGAAGCAUCCACGAGCUUUUUCAAUAGGCCAAGGUGUUGGCAUUUUGGGACCAUCAGCAGUGGCAGAAUUGUCACAAUUCAAAGCCUGUGGACAGCUGCAGCAGAUGAAGGACUGCAGGCAACUAUAGUUAAGAGCAACAGCAAGUAAAGCAAAGUGUGUCUGCUUAAAGAAAACCUAUGAGAAAACAAACCCUUAUAUGAGAAAUAAAUAAGAGAGCCCCAUAUAGGAAGAAAAAAGUGAGAUAAUUUGAAAAAAGAAAAAAAAAACUGGAUUUCAGUGGGAAUCAGCAUCAAUCACUUUUAUUUUUAUCAAUGUUAGUCAUUUAUUAUUAGUUUUUUUUUAGUAACGGAAAUCAAACUAAGACCUUUUCCUUCCAACCUUCUCCUUUUUAUCACCAAAUCAACGUUAUAACUCAGCAUCAACCACUAAGCCCUAUACAAAGUGCGCAUGACUCACAACAACAAAACUUGAUCAGCACACACAACACAUCUCAUUAUCAAGUAUCUCAAAACCAACAUCAAUAUUAUGCUGAAGGCAUAACAAGUAGUUCCCACCUACUUUGAACCAAGCCAAAAACCACACAAAGCACAAUAGAGGAGGAACAACAAUCACAAAGGGCAUGAGGACCAAUGUAGGAGAUAUUGUUCAAGUAGAAGGAGGGCACAUUGUUAGGUCCACAGGUAGAAAAGAUCGCCACAGCAAGGUGUACACAUCGAAAGGGCCACGCGAUCGUCGCGUUAGACUCUCGGCACACACAGCCAUUGAGUUCUAUGAUGUUCAAGACAGGCUUGGCUAUGACAGGCCAAGCAAGGCUGUGGACUGGCUCAUCAAAAAGGCAAAGACUUCCAUUGACAAGCUUGCUGAGCUUCCUCCUUGGCAUCCACCUACUAAUCAUGAGGAAGAAGAGCAGAAUGAUGCUGCAGGAUCAAGUGGAGUCAUAGCCAUUGAACAACAACAACAGCAACAGCAGCAGCAGCAGCAACAACAACAACAACAACAACAACAACAACAACAUCAACAGCAACAAUCAGAGUCUUGUGGUUACAACUUUCAGCUCCAAAGGCAAUUGGGAGCCUUCAUUUCAACACAUGUUGACACUGACCACAUCAAUUUCCAAACCAACAACAACAACUCCUCAGAAGAUCUUGGCCUAUCCCUCCAUUGCUUCCAAGACCACCCUGGCCUUAUUCAGUGGCAAUCACAACAAGAAGGUGCAAAUCAAACACCUCCUUCAAAUGAACACCAAAUCCAGCAAACCCCUUUUGCCGGAUCAACCCCAGUUGGGUUUGAGAACCAUUAUCAAAGAAGUGUGACUUGGAACAAUGAAGCAACAACCACAGAUCAUGUCAACAGGUUGGGGUUCUUAUUCAACUCACAGCCUUAUGCUUCAGCUUAUGCUCAAAGUGGGGGGACCCUUCAGUCCAGUUUUUCAUUUCCAAUGACUUCUUCCUCUGAGCUUCACAGGCCUCAGCCAGUGAACCAACCUUCUUCAAUCUUUGGCAGCAGGUUUGUGUCUGAUGGAUUAGCUGGUUUCUGCAUUCCAGAUAGAAUUCAAGGUGUGGAAGAGAAUCAUGGAGUUGCUUCCAAUAGGCCUUCUUCUUCUCCUAGUUCUAUCCACUGACCCCAAACUAAGCAAUGCUUUAGUCUUCCUUUCAGGAGUGUUCUCUACCAGAUUUGAAACCGAGUGAAGAUUCAAUAGGCACAUUGUUAUGAUCUACAAAGAUUUCCUUUCAAUUUGGCUUUCCUUUUUUUGGCUUUUAAAUUUAAAGUUAGUUCCCUUGAUUCAACCCUUGCUAUCUAUAUGUAUAAUUUUAUAUUGAUGAAAAUGACCUUGUGCUGAAUUUGGUUUUGUAGUCCUCUCACUGUAUUGUGAAUGUUAUUUCAGAAUAACAUAUUUCAUCUGAUAUCUACAUGUCCAUUCUUGGCAAAGAAUCACAUCCAAAAAAACAGAAUCUCAAGUGAUUUGGACUUGUUCUCUCUUGUGAUAGGAAGAUAAUAUGACUUCCCUUUGGCUUGCCCCUCAAGUACAUAACCUUUAAUGAAACAUUUUGGAAGUCAAACAUUUCCUUAAACCAUUUGGCAGUAACAGUAUAUAUUUGUGUGUCAGCUUCAAGUUCACUCAACAGUACACUACUAUCAUUGAAAACUAUAAAUUCCAUAUAAUGUAUGCAGAUUAGUUUUUAUUUCUGACAUAAAAGGGCUGACACCCCCUUUGAAUUUUGCAUGUUACUAAGCUUUGAGAAGUAGUUUCUUGAAAUUCAUCUCUUUUUUCUUCC